AGUUCUGGUAUACAGUAAUCUGUGUAAUCUACUAGGUCUGUCUGUGGCGUAGAGGGAGUAUGUACAAUGUAUGUAGUUCAUGCUCUCUCUACGGUCUGUGGCUCUGUGGUUGUACCUAUCUUCUUCGAACAAUGAGUUUUGGCGCGAACUUGACAGGCGGCGGUUUGCUGCUCCUGUAUUAUUGUUUAAAUAAUGGUUUGAAGUGGACUUUGAUAUGUAAAAGUGGUGCAAUUUUGUGUAUUAAGUGUCUGCGCAUGUGAACUAUUAGUGGAAACUGUGAAACAAGUGCUCUGAUGGUGAUGCGAUUUUCAAAAUGAGGUGUCUGCCUGCUUAGGCGCCUUGAGAUACCAUCGCCAACCGUCAGCUGUCUGCUGGCUCAAGUUGCCGUCAAAAUCUCCCAAGGGCUGCACAAUGUGACGCUUCAACAUAUUGUGAAGCAGUAUACUAUGAAGGAUAAUUAUUAUAAUAUAUUGUAACUUCAGGCUCAGAAGGGCUAGAUCCCAGAGCCGUAAAGCCAGUUACUAAGAAGAAGUCUUCGAACAUUGAUAUAAGCACGAUAUAAGAAAUUCGAACGUUCGACCAGAUUUAUCCCCUGUACCCGUGUUAUCUGCUUUUGACGUUCCCGUAUAGGACAAUUACUAUAGUCUUUGUUUUGACGAUUGAUCCUUCUCUUGCCAACUGGACUCUGCCGCUGCCAACUUAUUGACCCUGCUUUUCCCUACUGGACUUUGUUUACCGCAACUUGUAUAAAUGCCGAGAAAAUCAGCAAUAAAGUGUUAUUUUGGAUGUGCGAAUGCAGGCCCUUUUCACCAAUUCCCGAAACCAGAAUACCCAAAUUUGGAGAAAUUCGAACAGUGGAAAAUGGUUUUGAAUGAAGAUAUGAAAAGAAAAGGGGAUUCUUUCAUUUUUAAGAAUAUAAGAAUAUGUGAUUGUCACUUUGAGGAGUUUUACCGUUCUGCAAGUAAACGACUCACCAGAAAUGCUGUACCAACUUUGAACUUAUCUUCAACUUCUCCAAUAGUGCUUCAACCUUCAUCUUCUGUUAAGACUGAAAUGGAUAUUGAUAUGCAAAUAGGAGACAACUUAGAAUCUAUCGAGUUGCCAUAUCCAAAACAAAAACUACUUCCUACAGGUGAAUAUUUUUAAAAAUGGUAAUAUUUAUACUAAACUCUAUGGGUUAUGAAGUAAAUAAAGAUGGGACUACAAAAUAUGUAAAGGUUCCAUCAAUUCAUAAUUGGAUACAUAAUAUCCAUAUAGUAAAAGAAAUGUUUUCUUAUUUAAACAUCAAACACAGUUUAAGCAGCCUAUUAUUGAGAAACCCGAACCAGGAUCCACUGGAAAAUUUCUUUUCCAGUAUCAGUAUGGGAUAAGAAAUGUAUCGCCAACAUGCUACCAAUUUACUGGAACAUAUAAAACUUUGUUAGUGAAUAAUUUAACUUCCCCUUAAUCAAUUGGUGCAAACUGUGAACAUGACAAUAACAAAAUAUUAAAUGUGUAAUUAAUUCACAAAAUAUAAAAACAGGAGAGAAACCACAGUGGUAGAGCCACGCGGCAGCUUUUGCUGUCGCACGGAUGGGCCGGCUCGAAUCGGGGUGGUACCACGACCUCACAGAAUACCAGCGUGAAGUAGAGGUUUACCUCUGCGUUUCGCUUGGUGAGUGCAGGUGGCCGGAGGCCCUUUUUACUGGAAAUCAGGCAUUCCAUCUUAGUCCUCACGGGUGGCAACGCAUCUGCAUUUUGAUUCGCAAACGAGGAUAGAUGUAGAUGUCUAUGGGCCGCAGCAACCGCUUACCAUCAGGUGGACUGUGUGCUCGUUUGUCACCCUUAUCCUAUAAAAAAAAAACCAGAUGUAGAUAUAAAUGUGGAUUCUACCAGAAGGAAGUUAGGGUAGUUUAUUCUUUCUUUUAAUUAAACUGUAUGUCAAUUAAUUGCUCCUUAAAUGCUCCAGCAGAAUCCGAAAUUGCUCCACCUCUAUUGCUUUUAGUUAAUUUAUAAUUUUUUUUUUUAAAUUAACUAUCAAAAAUUUAAUAUUGCUAUAAAACAAAAAAUCUACUUUUUAAAAUUAAACUGUAUGUCAAUUAUUGCUCCUUAAACGUUCCAGCAGAAUCCGAAAGUGCUCCACCCCUAUUGCUAUUAGUUAAUUUAUAAUUAAUUAUUAAUAUCAAUUAAAAUAUUUAUUAUCGUAAUAAUAAAAUUUUACAUAAUACUUAAAUUUUAUCUACAAUAUUAAAAACUAUGAU